AUGGGCACGGGAAUCGAUUGGGACAAGGAGUAUGACGAGAUGGUGGAGAAGUAUGUGGGAGAGGAGAACGAGGCCAAGUGGGAGGGAGAUUCCAUGGUGGACGGAGAUGAGUAUUUGGACCACGAGUGGGAAGAAGGGGAGCUGGUUUAUGAUAAGAGGAGGAAGCUGAUAAGCACGGACCAUCUCUUUGAGAUGUACAACUACCCUGCAGGUGAGAAAUGGAACUACGUGGCAGCCGAAAGUGGGGACGAGGGGAGGAUCAUCCAAGGAAGUUACUACACCCUCAAGAAGGAGGCGCCUAGGGUAGCUUGCCCCGCGUUUGAGAACCUUCCCGCCUCCUUGAACUACGAGUUAGGGGAGCAGCAGCAGGAGGUGCGGAUGCUUUUGGUGGAGUAUAGGGAGAUAUUCUCAACAGAGAAGGAGACGUUAGGAACCCACCCCACCAUCCGCCACCACAUUGCCACGGGAACCGCCAAGACGAUAGCCUACAAACCGUACCGAGUCUCACCUUCCGAGCGCGCUAGGAUUGAGGAGGAGGUCCAAACUUUGCUCAAGCAAGGGGUCAUUCGCCCUUCGAACAGCCCAUGGUCAUCCCCAUGCAUCGUCAUCCCUAAGAAGGACUAUGGGGAUCGAGUAGUGAUCGAUUACCGCCCUCUCAACGCAGAGGAUGAAGAGGGAGAGAGUAGUGAGUCAGUGACUAAGGGGGAGAAGGAGAAGGGUGACGAGGAAGAGGAGAGUACUGAAGAGAAUGAGAAGGAUAAUGGGGAAGAAGAGAAGGAUAGCAAAGAAGAGGAGGAUAGCAAAGAAGAGGAGGAUAGCAAGGAAGAGGAGGAUAGCAAAGAAAGAGGAGGAAGAUCAGGAGAAGGAAGGGGAGGUAGAGGAGAAAAGGAGUGA